AUGCAUCAGCCUAGUGAUUGGUCAGGUCGUUGGAACAGGAGUAACCUUCGUAACUACGUCACCUUUAACACGGCAGUGAAAAGCGUGACCUUCAACAAGGAGAUAGACGACUUUACAGUCAUGAUCAAGGAUCUUAGCAUUGACAAGGAUCUCCCACCGGAGAGAUUCUCUCACGUCAUGGCGGCUACCGGUCGAUUCUCCGUCCCGAAUGUCCCCCUUUUUGACGGAAUCGACAUGUUUCCGGGUAGAAGUGUUCAUUCCCACGAUUUCAGAGGAGCACGCGAGUUCAAAGGUCAACGCCUCCUCGUGGUCGGCUCGGGUCGUUCAGCGGAAGACGUCGGAAGACAGGUUCCGGUCACAUCGUCUGCUGCUACCGUACAGAACCAUACAUGGCCAAGCGGAAUAGAGGAACGUCCAUUGCUAACAAUAGUCGACGGGAAUAUAAUUAAUUUCAAAGACGGGACCACGGCGGAAGUUGAAGUCAUCAUUCUUUGUACUGGAUAUCUGUACCACUUUCCGUACAUGUCGGAGUCACCUCGCCUCAAGGGGACACCAGAUGCAUCCGGUCGGAUUGUAUAA